AUGGCUCCUGGAAACAAGCAGAAGCAAGCUGCGAGCACUGGUGACGGAUCUUUGGCGAAGGCGGAGGAGGGCAGCAAAGGCAGCAAAGGCAAUGCCGGAGCCAAUGCCGGCGGCGAUGCCGGUGGGGAGCCAGGCGACACGCUUGCGCAGCUCAUGCGGCAACUGGGGCAGUGCCGCAUGCAAGAGUACAAGUUGGAGAACCAGGUGCUCCAAGAGAGCCACCGACGGGUCACCGAGCUCCAGGGGCGGCUGCGCUCCACCGAAUCGCGGCUCAGCGCCGCGGAAUCCAAAGUGGCCGAGUUAGAGAAGGAGCUGGCCAGUGCGAGGUCGAGCACGCAGAGUCAGAACCAAAACAACUUCGAAGGUGCCUACGAUGCCAAGAAGCCACCCUGCUUCCGCACAGCCAAUCAGGACAUCAAAGGCAACAUGGAGAUCGGCUACCUGUCCGUGCAGAAUGGCGCCCUCGUUGUCGCCACGCACCUCCAGGAAGACUACUACUUCGGCUACCAGUUCGACCAGCCCAGCAACCAAGGAUGGUUUCCGGUUGCCCAGACGCGCGACUUCGACCGGCGCGAGUUUGGGCAGAAGUAG